AACAGCUGUUGUUCUUAUUAUUCAAACAAAGUCUCUUCUUUCUCUUUGGGCAUUUGGCAAGAUCUCAUUUUUUCCCUCUUUACAGAGAGAGAGAGAGAGACUGAAACUGAAAGCUAUUGUUUGGUUGGUUCAACUCUGAUCUUCAAGUUAUAAUCUUUUUGUUUGCACACUAAUUGGGUCAUUUCAUUUGAGAUCUUUCACUUCAGAUCUUCAAUUUUUAUCCCUUUUUGUGAUAUAAAGGAUUAAAUUAAGGAAUGCAAAGAUAAUGGGGAAGAAGGGAAAUUGGUUUUCUACAGUGAAGAAAGCACUCAGCCCUGACUCAAAGAAAUCAAGUAAGUCAAAGAAGAAAUGGUUUGGGAAGCAAAAAUUGCAAACCUCAGAUCCUUGCUUAGAAACUGAUACCACGCCACCUCUUCCACCAGCAGAAGAUAUUAAAUUAACUGAUAUUGAAAAUCAAAACAGUCACCAUCAUGUUGCUGAAAUAACAACUGCCAUAGAUGCCGAGGAACCUGUUCCUUCUGUUCAGACAACGGUUGUUAGGACAGAAGCUGCUGCAGUUGCUCGUUUUGCUGGUAAACCAAAGGAUGAAGUGGCAGCAAUCAAGAUUCAGACAGCUUUUCGGGGAUACUUGGCAAGAAGAGCGUUGCGGGCUUUAAGAGGGCUGGUCAGAUUGAAAACGUUGAUGGAAGGGCCCAUUGUAAAACGGCAAGCCGUGAGUACCCUUCGCUCGAUGCAGACGUUAGCUCGUGUGCAAUCUCAGAUUCGUUCUAGGAGGGUCAGAAUGUUAGAGGAGAAUCAGGCUCUGCAGAAACAGCUCUUACAGAAGCAUGCAAGGGAGCUUGAGACCAUGCGGAUUGGGGAGGAAUGGGAUGAUAGCCUACAAUCAAGAGAACAAAUUGAAGCCAAAUUACUGAGCAAGUAUGAGGCUACUAUGAGAAGAGAAAGGGCACUGGCUUAUGCAUUCACUCAUCAGCAAAACGGGAAGAACACGUCUAGAUCGAUGAAUCCAAUGUUCACGGAUCCAACCAAUCCUGCAUGGGGCUGGAGCUGGUUAGAACGAUGGAUGGCAGCCCGACCUUGGGAGAGCCGUGGCCUUGUGGAUAAAGAACUAAAUGAUCAUUCAUCUGUUAAAAGUUCAAGUCGCAGCAUUACCGGUGGAGAAAUCAGCAAAUCAUUUGCUCGUUUCCAGCUCAAUUCUGAAAUACAUUCUCCAGCAGCGAGCCAAAACCCCGGCUCACCUAGCUUUCAAUCCAAUUCAGCUCCUUCAAAGCCAGGUUCUGCAGCAGUUGCUAGGAAACUGAAGAAGGCAAGUCCAAAGGGAAGCUGGGUUAUGGAUGAUGACUCCAAAAGCAUGGCCAGUGUACAAUCAGAUCGGUUCCGUAGGCACUCUAUUGCCGGAUCAACAAUUAGAGAUGACGAGAGCCUUGCUAGCUCUCCAUCAGUUCCAAGUUAUAUGGUGCCAACUCAAUCAGCGAAAGCUAGGUCAAGGACACAAAGUCAAAGUCCCCUAGCAAAAGAAAAUGGCAAACAAGAAAAGGGGUCCUUUGGAACAGCAAAAAAGCGUCUUUCUUUUCCGGCUUCACCCGCCAAGCCAAGGCGUCAUUCAGGUCCGCCAAAGGUAGAAAUCACCGUAAAUGCCGAGUUCACUGUGGACAAUGGUGUGACCAGUUGAUUAUUACAUAACCAGAGGGAAAAGAUGGAAAUCACUAAAGUAGGAUUGAAGAUAUCACUGAAGAAAUAAAUCAAAAAAAGUUCAUUUGAAUUGAGUGUUCUUAUUUAUUUAUUUAUCCUAUUUUUAUGUGUAUCCUAACAUUUCAUGGAGGCUUUUGAAUUUGGGGUGAAAAUUGUUUUACUUACCAUAUUUAUUUUAUUUGUAUUUUUAUUUACAUUUUCUACCACAUACCUUGAGGGCAAGAAAUAUGGCUCAUGAUGUUCUUGUGAUAUAUAAGUUCAAAUUUGAUUUCAUUGUGUCA